GCAUCAAAUAAUGCAAGUAAAAAAGAAGCGCAGAAUGAAAGCGAAAAAAAUAUAAAAACAAAAACAUAAAUAAAAAGAAUUCAAUAAUAAUGAAAAGCGUAAAAUAAAAAUGAAAAGCAUGGCGCAUCAAUUUGGGGCGGAGAUUGUGCUCGAAAGCUACCAAUUGUGGUUCCGAAUCCUUUUGAAAACAGAAAAUUCAGAGAUCUUAGUAGACUUUUCCUUAAAAACUUCAAAAAAUACUCAAACGAACAUUAAAGACAUUACCAUGAAGGAUAUAAAAUCAAUCAUAUUAUAUAGCCCCUACGCAAAAUACCUUUUUAUCGCGGUUGUCAUCACUUUGUAUAUUCUGUGGGACCUGGAAAGUAACUGCAUCAAUUAUGGUUGCUGCGAGGUGAAACAUUUUACAAGAAACUCGGAGCUUGGCAUUGCCACAAGACAUGAAGAACAUACCACAGAGAGUGUGGCAGUAGAGGAAAAAGAUUUUGUGAAUACUCCUGGCUGUCAUAUGGAAGCAAUGAAACCUUUUCCGGCUGCUGUGCUACCUUUUAUACAUCGUUUGAGUGCCGUUGUGUGUCCCAGGGUGCAGCUUCUGAUAACCGAGGUAAUUGCAGGCAAGAAUUAUUUUUUCCUCAAUCAAACCGACACUCAGUUACGCUCCUGUUGCGGCGUGAAAACUCUUAGCGAUGUCAACUGCACUUAUAUGCAAUUUUUGCUACUGAAUGAUUUUCGCAACAAGAAAAUUGAGCAGAAAUAUUUCAAUUUAAGCGCGCAAUCGAGAUACCUUGAGGUAGGCAGUGGCCGUCAGUAUUUUUGGGUAAAGUGUCGAGCAAAUGGCAAAAUCUUCUACAAUGAUACGCUUUUUUUUCUGCCUCCACCACCACCCAAGAUAAAACCGCGCUCCCAUAGAAAACUCUCUGUCCUGAUACUGGGCAUUGAUUCCGUUUCCCACAUGCAUUAUCUGCGUUCCUUUCCACAAGUGGCAGAGUUUAUUAAAGAACUGCCGCACACGGAAUUCUGGGGCUACAAUCGCAUUGGUCGCAACACUUAUCCGAAUCUGAUACGCCUCCUGAGCGGCCUCAGCCCCAAGGAGCUCAAUAGCACCUGCUAUGCGAGCAACAAAACCUUUGAUGGCUGUCACUUGCUGUGGGAUGACUUCAAGGCGGCAGGAUACACCACUAGCUAUGGCGAGGAUAGCGAUUUGUAUGACAUCUUCACGUACUAUAGAAGAGGAUUUAAAAGACAACCCACGGACUACUAUUUGCGACCCGUAAUGGAGAAUAUACGACAGCACACGAAUUAUGAGACGAGUGCGUUGGGCAAGCCAUCGAUAACCAUGCGCUGCACCGCAGGACGACUCUAUCAGGAUGUGCUCCAUGAAUUCAUCUACAAGCUAAUGCCACACAUGAGACAGAAGCCCACAUUCAACCUCUUUUGGCAGACAUCGGGCGUUCAUGACUACUUCAACUAUGCCAAGACAUUGGAUGGGCACUACGUGAGGAUUUUGAGGGAGCUGCAGGAGCAGGGCAUCAUGAAUCACACCCUCAUCCUGCUCAUGUCCGAUCACGGGCUGAGGUUUCAGGGCACCGACUGCGAGGGCCAUGGAUAUACGCAAACAUUUCAGGGCAUGGAGGAGAUGUCGCAGCCAUUGCUGAUAGCACUCUAUCCUGCAUGGAUGAGCCAAAGGUUUCCCCUGGCCAUGGGGAAUCUUCAGCGGAACGCACACAGUCUCGUCACGACAUUCGAUCUGCAUAAAACACUCAAAGAUGUGCUCCAUUUGGAUCAAUUGAGCGAUGAUCAAGUGGAGAAUCGUACGCUAAAUUUGGCCAACGAACGCGGCAUCAGUUUGUUUCUGCCAAUUCCAGAGGAAAGGAGCUGCACCACUGCCCAGAUACCACGACAAUUUUGUCUGUGUUUCAAGCUGCGCAAGAUUUCCCGCAAGCGGGGCUCUGUCCAGAAGGCAGCACAGUUCGUGGUGGAUAGCAUCAAUAAGCUGAUCAAACCCUAUCCACAGUGUCGGCCCUUGAGGUUGUUGAAGGUGUUGGCUGCCUAUAAUCUAAGCGGCAGAAAGCAAAAGGCUGCGAAUGCUACACGUACCGCAAAGAAGGGCCACAUAGAGGACUAUGAUUCAAAGGAUAACGAGGGACGAGCCGUCUAUCAGAUAAGGGUACGCCUAAAGGUGCGACGCGGUGAGGGGCGUUUCGAUGCCAGCGUCCUGCUCAAGCCACGAAUGAAGUUGCUGGGUCCUGUGACCAGAACCGACAAAUACGAGAGUAACUCUCAUUGCAUUGACGACUAUCGCAUUGAAAUGUUCUGCAAUUGAAAGCGUUCCAUAGACCUGACUUGUACAAGAUAAUCAACGGAAAUCCGGAUCGGGCAGAAUUGCUGUUAUAUGAAAGUGUUUUACUACUUACAUAGUACGAACAUGAAUGAUUCAAACUAUUAUUCGUGCCAAAAAGAAUACAAAAGUAUUCAGCAAGUGAAUGGGGAUGGGAUUCCUCAAAAAUCUACAGCCAUCAACUGUAAAGUUGUACAGAAUAUACAAUCCACAAUUGAAUUAAAAUAUAUAUUCGAUUUUAA